CCUCGCUCCCCUUCCCUCGCCCGCGCACCUCGCCGUCGUCCCCUCGCUGCAGCCGGGCAUCGCUCCUGCUCACCGGAGCGUGACUCAGGUUGUUUAAAAACAUCUCCCCGGCUGCUGUGCCGGGAGCACCUCGCGCUCCUUGCGUUAUUUAGACUCGGAAGCGCGGCUGGGGCUCCCGCCUCGGCGCAGGUGCUCCGCUCGUCCCUCGCUUCGCCGGGGCUCGUUUCGAUGCUGGCGCCGCGGCCACCUGACCGCGUGGAGAGCUCGCAGGGACAGAGCUGAGGGCAGCGAGACGACGCGGGGAGCUGGGGAAAUGCCGGCAGGGUGCCUCCGGCUGCGCGCCCUCGGCCAGACCCCGCCGUGCGGCGGCGUUGCUGGGUUUUGCCGCGAUUCUGGUCAAAAAGUCAUUGGCUUUUUUUUUUUUUUUUUUUUUGAGAAUCGUUGGCCUGAACUUGUCGUCGGGUCGUUUUUGUAACGGAGAGGAAAGGAGCUGCUGGAAGGUGGUUCUGCUUCUCCACCACACAUCUGCAGGGUCCCAAACUGUCCAGGUUAGACUUCCCUAGGAGAAAGCUGCAAGUCUGGGCGCCCGGAGCGUGCCAGCGCUGCGUGAGGGCUGGGGACGUCUCUGCGCUAGAAAUGCUCACUGUUACGGGGCGGGGGGGUGGCUGGGAGCAAAGCCUCCCCCUGGCCGUGCUGCCGGUCUCUGUCACCUGCUGCCUGCCUGGUGCCGGUUCCCCGUCCCUCCGGUGCCGGUACAGCCGAAGUCGUAAUCCAGCCCCGUGGUACAUGGAUGCACUUGGGGCUUUUCCGCGUGAGCAAAGCCUGGGUGGGCAUCAAAACCCCGAGCAGAGAAGGGGCAGGAACGGAGGGGCCAUGCACAUGGGACACAGGUCGGGUGUGCUGAGGGCAGACGCAGGAGCCCAGAGCCACCAGGGGCACUUCCAGCGGUGGCUGAGAUCGUGUGGACGGGACGUGGCUCCAGGACACGAGCCCGAGCAGACAUGCCCAGCCUCGGGGUGUCCCCAGGUGCCGCAGUGUCACGCUCUAACCCCGCUGUUCUCCUUCCUCCCUUUGUCUCUGCCCGUUGCGUGUUCCUUCUUUUCACUUUUGCCUUAAGCUCUGCGUUUUCCCCCGCUUUCCCUGCCCCAGUACUGCCAGCCUCUCCUCCCUCCCGCAGCAGGAGCACGGCAGAGCGCCGUGGGGACCUUGGUGGCAGUGCGGGGACAAGGCAGCGGCUGCAGGGCAGGAUGGCGCGGCGGGCGCUGGUGCUGGUGCUCUGCCUCUCCCUGGCUGCGGCAGCCUCCGCCGACUGCGCGACCCAGUGCUCCCUGUGCGCCAGCGAGGGACGGGGCACCGAGAGCAGCGUGCGGCCCCUGAUGUGCCUGCGGGAGUGCCAGGGCUCCUCGCCGCCUGGUGCCGAGUGGGAGACCUGCAGGAAGGCGCUGGCGCUGCUGGCCCCGCUGGUGGCCCUGGCCGAAGGGACAGACCCGUCCCCCUCGGAGGCAGAGGAUGAGGAAGAGCCGGAGCAGGAUCCCAGCCCCGGGGAGCUGCCGCUGGCACCGGCCAAGCGCUACGGUGGCUUCAUGAAGAAGCUGGCCAAGGGGAAGCUGCUGUCCCUGCUGCGCGAGAACGCCCACAGCAAGGGCAGCCUCAGCAAGAAGUUCGGGGGCUUCGGCCGCAAACCGGGGGAGCGGGCAGCCCCCGAGGACUACCCGGGGCCGGGGGAUGUGGGCAGCGAGGAGCCCGCGGGGACGGGGGCCGAGGGGCAGGAGCUGGCGGAGCUGCACAAGCGCUACGGCGGCUUCAUGCGCCGGAUCCGGCCCAAGCUCAAGUGGGACAAUCAGAAGCGCUACGGGGGCUUCCUGCGGCGGCAGUUCAAGGUGACCACGCGGUCGGAUGAGGACCCCAGUGCCUACUCAGCGGAGGUCUUAGACCUAUAGAGCCCAGCGUGGGACAGGCGGCCCCGCGGGUCCCCACGCCGACAGCCCAGAUGAUGCCAUCACCCCCAACCCUGUCCCCUGCCCAGCCCUGCGUGGCUGGCAUCGUCCCCACCUCGUCCCCACCACGGGGCACGGGCUGGGCUCUGCCACCCCCAGCCUCAGCCCAGCACACCCUACGGAGGCAGCCCCCAGCUCUGUCCCCAGUUGUUCCUCUCCUGCUCACCUGCCCACCACUCCAGGACCCCAUGCACCCAGGGGACGUUGUCACUCCUCCGGCUGCUGGUGGUGCAGCUGCUGGGCCAGCCCCCCUGCUCCCCAGGUAGUGCGGGGGCAAAUCCAUAGGGGAUGCAUCCCCUGCCCUCCUGUGGCUGCAGAAGCGCAGCAGGGUCUGGAAACCAUCACAGCUGACGCAGAGGGCAACAGCUCCUGAGGCCUGGGAAGGAUGAGCCGGAGAAGGAUCAGGCCCUGCAGGCUGGGAUAUGGCCUGUGCAACCAGCAGGUCCCACGGGGGCUUCCACCAGCCAUGGGGAGAGGCAGCUGGGCAGGGCUCACACCACAUCCCUGCCACUGGGGCAGGCUGCUGUGCUUGGCCGAGCACCCCAGUCCCCUCCUGGAGCUGCUCGUUGCGUCCCGCUCAUCCCAGCACCCGCCCAGCCCCAUCACCUUCCCCGUUCCGAGAACACCCUCGCGGUUCGCUCACCCGGGAGCAGGGUCAGACCUGCUUCCCCGGCCCCCUGCUCCCCCCGCAGCCAAUAAAAGGCAGAUGCCAACGAAGUCGUGCCCGGUGCCGAGCGUCUGCUUCCUCCAUGUGGAUCCGGCCCUUGGCACAAGGCGAUCGUGGUGCACCCCAAACCAGGGGGGCCACGAGUGCCAGCUUUGAUGCCUGGCGUACUCCACGCACUGUGGGUGCCCCCAAACCCCACUGCUUCUGCCCCUGGAGCCGUGCCCUUCCUGAGGAGCCCAGCAGCUGCCCAGGCUGUGCCAAGCCCUCCCCUUGCUGCUUGUGCUUCCAGGACAGCAUGACCCCGCUGGCAGCAGCUCCGUGCCAGGAAAGCCAAAGCCGGGCAGCAAACACCCUUUUGAACGUCUCCAUUGCCUCAGCCCCUGUUCCAAGCAAGACACACCAGCGCCAGCCAAGCCCCCAAACUCUGGGGGGGGGGAAAGGCCCCAUGGCAGAAGCUCACCCACAGCACAGAAACAUCCCACACCCAGCUGGGGCUGCUCCAUGUCCACAUGCCCUCCUGGGGCUGCAGAGCACCUAAAGAUGUUGGGGGGCCACAUGCAGAGCUGCACCCUCCUCAUGGUGCCCCAGGGCUCAGGCACUGAGCACCCUGACCCCAGGCUCCUCUCCUCUUCCGUUCACAGUGCUGGAUGAGGCCUCUCCCCCCAUGGCAGGCCCGCUGGCCCCCAGCCCACCAUGUACC